AUAGUGGGGACUGCAAUGAGAAUGAUUAUUCGGGUGGAGUUAGGGCAGGUUGGUGGAUUAUUAGGGGAUGAUCAUUUGUACAAUGUUAUUGUGACUGCUCAUGCUUUUGUUAUGAUUUUUUUUAUGGUUAUGCCUAUUAUGAUUGGGGGUUUUGGAAAUUGAUUGGUUCCUUUGAUAUUAGGGUCUCCUGAUAUAGCUUUUCCUCGUAUAAAUAAUUUGAGUUUUUGAUUGUUGCCUCCUUCUUUGAUGUUUUUGGUUGUUUCUUCUUUGGUGGAUGUAGGGGUUGGGGCAGGUUGAACUAUUUAUCCUCCUUUAUCUUCUUUGAUUGGCCAUGGAGGGGUGUGUAUGGAUUUUACUAUUUUUUCUCUUCAUUUGGCUGGUGUUUCUUCUAUUAUGGGGGCUAUUAAUUUUAUUUCUACUGUUUUGAAUAUGCGGAUGAAGGGUAUAACGAUGGAGAAGGUGCCUUUGUUUGUUUGGUCUGUUUUGAUUACUGCUGUGUUGUUAUUGUUGUCUUUACCUGUUUUAGCUGGAGCAAUUACUAUGUUAUUGACUGAUCGGAAUUUUAAUACUUCUUUUUUUGAUCCUGCGGGUGGGGGAGAUCCUAUUUUAUUUCAACAUUUGUUUUGGUUUUUUGGACAUCCAGAAGUUUAUAUUUUGAUUUUGCCUGGUUUUGGGAUGAUUUCUCAUGUAAUUAGAAGAUCUUCAGGAAAACGGGAACCUUUUGGGGCUUUGGGUAUGAUUUAUGCUAUAGGUGGAAUUGGUGGAAUGGGGUUUGUUGUUUGAGCUCACCAUAUGUUUUCUGUUGGGAUGGAUGUAGAUACUCGGGCUUAUUUUACUUCUGCUACAAUGAUUAUUGCUGUUCCUACUGGGAUUAAGGUUUUUAGAUGAAUGGCUACGUUGUUUGGAUCUUAUUUUAGGGUGGAUGCUCCUUUAAUGUGAAGUGUUGGGUUUGUUUUUUUGUUUACUGUGGGUGGUAUUACUGGAGUGGUUUUAGCUAAUUCUUCUUUGGAUAUUGUUCUUCAUGAUACUUAUUAUGUGGUGGCUCAUUUUCAUUAUGUUUUGAGAAUGGGAGCGGUUUUUGCUAUUAUAGGGGGGAUGACUUAUUGAUUUCCCUUGUUUUUUGGUAUAGUGAGAAGACCUAAGCAUCUGAAUUUUCAGUUUAUUGUGAUGUUUUUAGGGGUAAAUAUAACUUUUUUUCCUCAGCAUUUUUUGGGGUUAGGGGGUAUGCCUCGACGUUAUUCAGAUUAUCCAGAUGCUUUUUUAUUGUGGAAUGUUGUUUCUUCUAUGGGUUCAAUUUUAUCGGUUAUUGGUGUGUUGGUGAUGGUGGUUUUGGUGUGGGAAAGAUUGGUUGGGAAGAGAGAAGUUGUGGGUGGGUAUUUUGUAGGGUCUUUUAUUGAGUGGAAUUAUAAUAUUCCUCCAUUAGAGCAUACUUUUGAUCAGUUAGUGAAUUUAAAUAAGUAA